AUGGACGAAGGAAGUCAUUUUUCCACGCUGAUAAUUUUGUGUCAAAAAUCCAAAUUAUUUUUACUCGGAUAGUGCAUGCCUUAUGAUAGGUUCGUCGUUCAUAUAAAUGUGUAGUUUCUGUCCUGCGUGUUUGUUUGUUUAUCAUUUGCAAUGACGUAGAUGAACAUGCUACAGUGGGCUACGCUGUUGUAGCCUCCUCCAUCGGUACCAUGCACUAACGACGGAUUCAGACUGGAGAAAUGAACCCACCGGCAUUUAUAAUUAUUUCUCGUAUUUAUACACAUAUUUUCUUUUCUAGCACAUAGUUCGCCGGCUGUCGCGUGCAGUUUCAGUAUUUUCUCCCUUUGUGUACACUCUCGGAGACCAAGGAAGAAAGAUGUUUCACAAAACGUCUUUUACAACCUUAAUCAUUGGCGUCUUUAUUGUGUACGUCCUACAUACUUGCUGGGUGAUGUAUGGCAUUGUAUAUACCAAGCCAUGUGAAAAUCCCAAAAGCGAAAGCUGCAUCAGCCCGUAUUUGACAGGAAAACAACGACUGGAGCUCAGCGUGUACACUGCCGUGCGACACAACGCAGAAGGGGGCCACACACUCAUUCUGAAAGAGGAGGAUUUCGAUUUGCAUUCCAAAUUUGAGAGGCAGGUGAACAUCAGCUUGCCUAAGAAGACUCGUAAGAAUGGCACCCUGUAUGCCCUGGUGUUUGUGCACCAAGCAGGGGUGUCUCCCUGGCAGGACCCCCGGCAGGUGCACCAGGUCACCCAGCUCACCACCUACAUGCUCCCCAAACCACCCGAGGUCAGCCUCAUCGCAGGCCAAGAGGAGCCCAGUCCCAAGGAGCAGCGUAGGUCGGAGCAGGGUGCAGAGAAACCCAUAUCCCACUGGCGCACGCGACUCACGCUGAACGUGGUGUCCGAGGAGUUUGUGUUUGACCGCAACGCACUGCCGGCCGAUGUGCACCGCUAUCUGAAAAUACAUCAGCAUGGGAAGAAGAUGGUGUAUUUGCCAUUGCUGUUUGUAGACGAGUUGAGCAACAGAGUGAAAGACUUGAUGGAAAUCAACAGCACCACAAAAGAGGUUCCUCUCACAAUCUCCUAUGACACCAUCUCACUGGGCAGGCUGCGCUUUUGGAUUCACAUGCAAGACGCCGUCUUCUCCCUUCAACAUUUUGGAUUCACAGAGAAGGAUACAGAUGAGAUCAAGUCCAUAUUCGUGGACACUAACCUCUAUUUCCUCGGCUUGACCUUCUUCGUCGCCACAUUCCAUCUGCUGUUUGAUUUUCUGGCCUUCAAGAAUGACAUCAGCUUCUGGAAGAAGAAGAAAAGCAUGGUGGGCAUGUCCAGCAAAGCCGUGUUGUGGAGGUGUUUCAGUACCAUCGUCAUAUUCCUCUACCUGCUGGAUGAACAGACUAGUCUUCUGGUACUCAUUCCUGCCGGCAUCGGCUCCCUGAUUGAGGUCUGGAAGGUGAAGAAGGCCUUUAAGAUUCAGAUCGUGUGGAAAGGAGUCCGCCCAACAUUCCUGUUUGGAAAAUCAGAUGAGUCAGAGAGGAGGACGGAGGAGUAUGACACACUGGCAAUGAAGUAUCUGUCCUACGUGCUGUAUCCCCUCUGCAUUGGUGGCGCUGUGUAUGCUCUGGUCUAUGUGAAGUACAAGAGCUGGUACUCAUGGCUCAUCAACAGCAUGGUGAAUGGGGUGUACGCCUUUGGAUUCCUCUUCAUGCUGCCUCAGCUGUUUGUCAACUAUAAGCUGAAGUCAGUGGCUCACCUACCAUGGAAGGCUUUCAUGUACAAGGCUUUCAAUACGUUCAUCGAUGACGUCUUUGCCUUCAUAAUCACCAUGCCGACGUCCCACCGCCUGGCUUGCUUCAGAGACGACGUGGUCUUCCUUAUCUACCUGUACCAGAGAUGGCUUUACCCUGUGGACAAGAGCCGUGUCAACGAGUACGGGGUGUCAUACGAUGAGAAGCCAAAAGACAAGAAACACAAGGACUAAAAGAAGAGGAAGGAAGAAGGAAAAUGCCCCGUGAAAUAAACCUCAGGACUCCUCCUCUGCUUUAGCCUACUGUGAUCAUUUGGGCCUCCUCUUCCUCUUCCUCCUCCUCCUGCUCUUGUGAUGAGCCGUGCAGUUAUCCCCUUUGCGCCUGGGAAGACUUAACCCCGCCCAUACGGAGUCAACUCUCCAUAGGUCAUCUCCCGACUGUGACGUGACGCAACGCAACCCUCCCUGCAGGUUUCAAUGAGAGUUGUUGGCGAUUGAGCCAGGCCAUAGCUGCUGCCUGCCUGCAAUUACACACCAUGGCCAACAGAGGGACCUCUGCAUAACAUGACGAGCUGAAGUGCACAUUGCUAACUGGAUUACAUGUGUUUGGCUGGCCAAAAUAGACAAAAUUGUAUAUGUAUAUGAAUGUAAGUAUGUUUGUACACGGUUGGAAAUGAGUAUGUGAUUGAGUGAUUGUUCUUUUUUAUCAUUAUUAUUGUAAAUGAAGUCUAAUUGCAUUGAGUAAAAAAAAAAAACAUAAAUGAAACUCUUGAUAGUAUUUGUAAAUUAAGGCCAUGCCAUUGUGGUGCCAAACUGAUGGACUGUUGUUUAAAAAAAAAAAAAAAAAGACUGUUGAAUGGAUGGAAUCGUCUUUAUGAAGCUGGUGAAAGAACUUGUGACCCCGUUGCGUUCUGUACAAUAUUGACCAACCUCCCUCCCGGAGUUCCUCAGCUGAUCCAUGUACUUACGACUCUCUAAGGAAAUGGAAAGUAGGAUUUCUGCUGCCAUGCAUGAUGGCGUUCACAUGUGUGGACAAGUGAGUUAUUUAAGGGAUGUUUGGUUCAUUAUUAAAACAUUGUUUUGACUUCCUUA